AAUUGAAGCUGGGUGCAGACAUCGUACGGCCCAGAUUCCACCACCACCUCGAGAACGGGAGGGACGGCACGGUCCGACCCCGGAGCACCCUCCGUGUACGCCGGCAAGGGCCCAGCUCCAGGGUCCCACAGGGGGUGAAACGUCACAUCCUACUGGAGGUGAUCGGAUCCGAGUGCCAUUAUGUAAGAGAUUUGAUCUUGAUCCGUUCUCCUGCCCUCGUGAGUGGACCACGGGAGAGGAUAGUAGCGCGAGCUAUUCCCAUCGGCGCGGUGGUCUCAUCCUCCGCCUCCUCGAAGUCGCCGGCACUCCCGGAUGGGAAGAGCUUCCGUUCUCCUCGCUCUUCUCCACCUUCUCUUGCUUCUUGGCACGGUCCGGUGCUCCGACGGUGUCUGCGCUCAGCUUAUUCGACCUUUGGGCUACCCUUGCUCGGAACACACUGUUGAAACAAAGGAUGGCUUCCUUUUAUCUGUUCAACAUAUUCCACAUGGGAGAGUAGCUUUAGGGGAAAAAACUGGUCCUCCAGUUUUCCUACAGCAUGGCCUUUUUCAGGGAGGAGACACGUGGUUUGUGAAUUCUGUGGAAGAGUCACUGGGAUCCAUCCUUGCUGAUAAUGGUUUUGAUGUCUGGGUAGGGAAUGUACGUGGUACACGCUGGAGUUAUGGCCAUGUCACCUUAUCUGAGAAUGAUAAGGCAUUUUGGGAUUGGAGUUGGCAGGAACUGGCCCAAUAUGACUUGCUGGCUAUGAUAACCUAUGUAUACUCAGCAACAAAUUCCAAAGUUUUCUAUGUGGGCCAUUCACAGGGAACUAUCAUGGCUUUGGCUGCUUUCACCAUGCCAAAUGUGGUUAGAAUGAUUGAAGCUGCUGCUCUUCUUUGUCCUAUUUCGUAUUUAGAUCAUAUCAGUUCAAGUUUUGUUCUUAGAGCAGUUGGCAUGCAUCUUGAUCAGAUGCUUCUCACGGUCGGAAUUGAUCAGCUUAAUUUUAGAAGUGAUAUUGGUGUUCAGAUACUGGAUUCUGUAUGUGAUGGCCAGGUGGACUGCAACGACUUGCUAUCUGCAAUAACAGGGAAAAAUUGUUGCUUCAAUGUGUCUCGGUUAGACUAUUACCUGGAGUAUGAACCUCAUCCAUCAUCCACAAAAAACCUUAACCAUCUUUUUCAAAUGAUCCGGACAGGCACCUUCGCAAAGUAUGACUAUGGGUUGUUGCAGAACCUGAUAACUUAUGGGCGCUUUUAUCCACCAGCAUUUGAUUUGGCAGACAUACCAGCCUCAUUGCCCAUAUGGAUGGGCUAUGGAGGUAGUGAUGCAUUAGCAGACGUUACUGAUGUUCAGCGCACCAUCGAGGAGUUGAGAUCUGAGCCCGAAUUGUUGUACAUUGAUAAGUAUGGGCACAUAGAUUUCAUCAUGAGUGUGAACGCAAAAGAUGAUGUAUAUGGUGAAUUGAUAAGGUUCUUCAGAUCUCAGGGAUGGCCCAGCAGCUAUUAGAAUGCUUAGCCAUCAUAGAGUGCUGAUUUCUGUUAGCUGUUUGUACAUAACUGUUUUAGUUUAGCAUAGUGUUGUAACUGUAGGAUGGCAUUCAUGCCAUCUGGUUAAAGAGUGCAAAGCAAAAUAAUACUGGAAAGGAACAAGCACCUACGAAGACGACACCACACUAAGGGUCGCAUGUUCAGAAAUUGAUGUGUGGGAUAAAAUAUGUAACUUUUGUGGGAACUUGAUAACAUGCGGUAUUUAAUGUAUAAUGUAUAACAAGUUGCAACAGAGUUAUACUUGUGCUGUGGUGGCCCAGGGGCAAAAGGAAAGACUACAAGUUUGUGUAUGUGUGCGUGUAAAUAAAUAAAUAACUCUAUUUUGGGGGGAUGUAAGCAGUCUUCCUCCAAA